CUGGCAGAUGACCUCGAUCGCCGGUGGACGUAGGACCACUCCUCGCGCAACUUACAACCGUGAAUACUCGCGCAGCAGUUCGGCGUUUCCUGUCGUUUUACGGGACUUUCAGGAAAAAGCUGCGGACCCUGAUGGCGCCGCGCGUGACGGCCGUGCUGCCGCUGCUGCUGCUGGUGGUGCUGGCUGGCGGCCUCGCCGGAGUCGCGUCCACCGCCAGGAUCCUGGGCGUGUUCCCCUUCCCCGGCCGCAGCCACGUGGUCAUUUACUCUUCGCUGCUGCGCGGGCUGGCCGCCAGGGGCCACAACGUGACUGUCUUCAGCGCCUACUCGCUGGACCAGCCCGUCGCCAACUACACCGCCGUCAAGCUCGCCUUGGACCUGAGCGCGCAGGCCGACAUACGGAAAAACAAAGGCCUGUUCUCGUUUGGCGAACAGAAUCCCUUCUUCACCAUAGUUAUAUCCCACGUCUUAGCACCGACUUUCACAGAGCAAACAUUCCAGCAGUCAAGCAUUCAAGACCUGAUCGCUACCGCGAACGAGAAGUUCGACCUGGUUAUCAUCGAAGAUUUGUACGCCGACGCAUUCGCUGGAUUCGCUCACAAGUUUGACGCUCCGCUGAUUUACAUGAGCCCCAUUACGGGCUACCCGUGGACGAAUGACCUCAUCGGCAACCCUUCCCCUGACUCGUAUGUCCCGAGCAUCUUCUCCCAAUACUCUGAUCACAUGACUUUCCGAGAAAGACUGUUCAACACCGUUAUAAACACCUUCGGCAGGCUGUUUCGUCAGCUCUACUACAUACCUCGGCAGAAUAGCAUGAUGAGACAGUAUUUCAAAGGCGUUCCUAAUCUACCACACAUAUCUGAGAUAAUUACCCAAAGAACGGCUUUGGUUUUCACGUAUGCUAUGCCAGGGGUCAGCUAUCCACAACCACUACUGCCCAACUUGAUCCAGAUAGGAGGGAUGCAUCUGAAACCGGUGAAACCACUGCCAAAAGACUUAAAGAAAUAUUUGGACGACGCCAGUGAAGGUGUGAUUUACUUCAGCAUGGGUUCAAAUCUUCGCAGUGCUGAUUUCUCAGAAGAGCAGCGAGAUGCUUUCUUCAAAACGUUCUCAAAAUUGAAACAAAAGAUUUUGUGGAAAUUUGAAGAAGACCAACUAACGGGACAACCAAAAAAUCUCAAAAUAAGCAAGUGGUUUCCACAAAACGAUAUUCUAGCCCACCCAAAUGUGAUACUUUUCAUCACUCACGGUGGAAUAUUAAGCACCCAGGAAGCUUUAUAUCACGGCGUGCCAGUUAUUGGAAUACCUAUAUAUGGAGACCAAGCACAGAAUAUGAAAACUCUUGAGAAUCUUGAUUGUGGCUUACAGCUGAAAUAUUCUGACAUAAACGACGCAUCGUUUGAAAGUGUAGUGAAGGAGGCGAUAACCAAUCCCAAGUACCUAAAACGAGCAAAAGAGGUGUCGAGAAUAUUUCGUGACCAGCCUCAGAGUCCUCUGGAAAAAGGGGUCUUCUGGACGGAGUAUGUUCUGAGGCACAAGGGAGCCGCGCACUUGCGUUCCGCGGCCACGGACCUCAGUUGGUACCAGUACUUGCUGCUAGAUGUCGUCGCGGUGUUAGUGCUCGUCCCAGCCGCGCUGGUGUACUGUGUUCUGAUGCUGUGCAGGAGACUGUGUUGUGCGACGAAGAAAAUUGUAAUCAAAGAUGUAAAGAAAAAGAAAAAGCAAUAAUACGCUUUACGCCAAAA